AUGAUACCGACUCGGCGCGUGAUCUCCCCACCGACGCCUGUCUUGGAGCAGAAUCGCAAAGCAGCUGUUCCAGGCCGGUCCCUUGCAGAGCUCAACACGGAUGUAUUGUUCGCCAUCGUAUCUACCCUCCCGCAAAAGGACGCAUUGGCGCUGUCCUAUACCGCAAGAGGGCUCUACCACAUUGCGAUGCGCAGGGUCCUCGCCUCCGUGACGCUCGAAAGCCCCAGGGACGUUCUUCGUGCUUGCCCGUACAUGCUGGCCGACGUCCCUAACCGCCUGGGGUGUGUGCGCACGCUAGAGAUCAAGAAAGGCAGUAUCGGCAAAGACAUCUUUGGGCGGUAUGGGCGGCCUAAGGGCAGCUCAUAUGAGGUUUCGCGCGUGCUCACGCUUGUGACAAACAUAUUACAGGGUGCUCGCACUACCUUGCGGACGCUCAAGCUUGAGGCGCUUUCCGACUACAUCGAAUUGCCAGGUUGCGUGGCGAUCGCAGCUAUGGACGGUCUCCAUACGCUGGAGUUUCAGGACUUUCAGUAUAUGGGGUGGAGCCGGCUGGGAUUCUUCCGCGGGUCCAAGAUGGCGGGCCGACUCCGUACCCUCGUCCUCCACAACAUAGAUUGGUGUCAGGUGGAGGACGUGCUGGAGGACAUUGUGGCGAUGGACAACUUGCAGACACUCGAGAUGAAGGGCGUUUUGGACCGUUUUUCGGAGCCAUGGCCGGAGAAAUCGUCUUGCACACAGUCCCUACCGUCACAUCCUUCCCUCAAGACCCUUCGGCUGUCUAACUGCAAGGGCGCUCAUGUCUCCACCUUGGUGCGCGUUUUCCCCAACUUGAGGGAGUUCACAACUUCAAUAUGCAGCUUUGUCCCCGAUGCGACGGACUGUUGGCCUGCUCUGGACCAUUUAUGCGCCCUUCAUCUUAGUGAACUCGCAGAUUGGCCAAACAAUUGUCAGGUUCACAGUUUAACUGUCAGGGAAACUGUGUCACAGAAAUCAUCAUACAAGUACCUGGAAUUGCUCCGACGGACAUCGCCCGUCAGGUUGUCCAUGUAUAUGGAUACGAACAAGGAUUGUCUCUCUCUCGGGGAGCUCGAGCGUUGCGUACCGAGGCUUCGCGUUCUCGAGCUCAGCGUGAUAGCAGAGCCCCAUGACCUGAAAGUAUGGUUAUUCGAUCGCCUUGUGCCGAUGUUAAGCCUUAUUGGCGCCCCUUAUCUCGAGAUACGGCUAGAUAUCGAAUCGGACACGGAGCUGUCACAGCGUACAGCCGAAGAGGUAGAAUUCUAUCAAUAUUGGUUUUGCUGUAUAUUGCUUCCGCCAAGAUUGAAUCCGUGGAAUAUUGAGUCGGGUAUGGAUCCGCUGGGGAAAUUGUCGUGUUCCGUCAAAUUCACGAGGGGGCGUGGACGCAAUCUCGGGAGGGCUAGCGUGGGGCUUCUAAAGCCGUUGGCCUCGCGAUCAUGCCAUGUUGCUCUGCACGGAGCGAUGAUCUCCCUGGCUAGAGAACCCAUCUGCACUUACAGGGAGUCAGACAGGGAUCCCAUAUCGGCGGAGUCCCUAUUUCUAGCAGCGCCUUACAAAAAUCUUCAAGGAGCGCCCAGGAUACCUUACUCGGAGUGCUGA